UGAGGCAGCCAAUCAGGGAUUGGAGCUCGCUCGCUUUCUGGCGCGCGCCUGGGCUCCCUCGUACAAAAAGACGGCUGCGGCUGCAGAACAAACGGCUGAGGAGCGGGAGCGCGCGCGGCAGGUACUAACUAGGGAGAGGAAGCGGGCGGGCGCGCGCACGCAGGAUGUGGAGGGAAGAAGCCUCCCAACGGUUUACCUUCUCUCCUUCUCCUCAGAGCUUGGCGCCUCAAGGAAAGGCCUCUCCUUCCUUUUGGGGCGGGGAAGGGGCUUCUCUUCGGGAUGGAGCAGCUCUGCUGGCCUUUGAGGACUUCCAUUUAGACCAUUGGGGCUGCGACAGGCUCUCCCUUGACAUAUGGGCUGCAAGAUUCUUCAGUGGUUCCAUGAAAAUGGUUGUUCCUGGGAGUGCUCCUGUAAUUCAGCCGGACCAUAGCCUUGGAAAUGAACUGGGCCGGGGUUCAACAGAGAACUCUGUGAUGGGUCCAGACGUAGAUCCGGUGGUGGACCAGGUGGGCCCUGAGCUGGAAGAGGUCCGAAAACUGCAGGAACUUGUAAGGAGGCUGGAGCUCCAGAACCAGCAGUUGAGAACUAGAAGUCUUCGAAAUUUGCCAGAGGCAAAUGUGCUGAGCCAAGCUGGCGCUGGAAUGGAUAAUUGCAAUUCCAGACUCAAUGGGAUGGAAAUUAAUAAUAGCAUCAACACACUGAUGGAUAAGCAGGAACUACAGAUCGUGGCAGACCUGCAUUCGGCACUAAGUAAAAUGAGGUCAGAAUCAGAAGAGAGUGGCCAGUUCUUAAAAAAUGACGUAGAUGCAGCAGUGCAACACAGCUGUGCCAGUGACUCCGAGAGAGAACCUUCCAAGACAGAGUUUACCAGCAAUGCAGAGAUGCAGUUCAGUGACGCUAACACAAAUGAUUUUUCCAGUUGGGAUUGUGACAGCACACUGCUAGUAGAGGACCUCACUGCUAAAAAUGUUGAGCCGGGUUUUAGAAUGAGUGAAGGAAGCACAGAUGUAGACAACCUCUUGGACAAGACAACUCUGGAUGAAGUGGAAGUAUUAGAACUUGAAAGUGGCAGUGUUGAAGAUGAUAGCUGGCUGUAUGUUUCUCCAAGAAAGUCAUCAACAGAUGAAAAGGAGUCUCCCCUGCAAUGGUGUAGACAGGUGUUGGACAACCCCAAUCCGGAAACAGAAGCUGCUUGCCGUACCCUCAUCACCAGACUUGACCAAGCCAGUAGGUGGAAAUCCCUGUAUUGCAGCCCACUGGCCUCUCCAAGUGUCCAUAACUUGAAUGCAGACACAGGGUCCUGUGGCAGUGCACUAAACUCUCCUGGGCACUACAAAUCAACUAACAAAUCGCUACUAACCUGUGGCAGCUCAGGUUACUUGGGCAUGCAUUCAGCAUUGAGUUCUCAGUCUUCCGUCGACAGUGAACUCAGCACCUCAGAUGACUCCAUCUCCAUGGGCUACAAACUGCAAGACUUGACCGAUGUGCAGGUUAUGGCCCGCCUGCAAGAGGAGAGCCUCCGUCAGGAUUGUGCCUCCAGCUCAGCCUCCGUUUCCCGCCGCAGCUCCAGCGCUUCCUUGCAUUCCUUGCGCAGGGGCACCUACAGCGACCAGGAUUUCGAUGCCUACAGUUUGGAAGACGAGGACGACGACUGCUCCUUUUCCUAUCACAGUAACCACAGAUACUCCCCGUCCCCACUCAGCUCCCCACGGUGCCAGUCCCCCUCCACAAACACAGACUAUGGCAGAGGAACCCAGGUCCGUCCUCCACGGAGGUCACUGCAAAGUCCUAUGCAAGAUAGGCUGAAGUAUUCUGGAAAUGAAGAGGAGUUGCGGCACAGCAUGCCCAACUUGGCCAGAACAGGUCUGCGCUCUUUGGAAUCAGUAAGGAAUAGUCGCAGCUUGGAGUCAGAUCUGCAGGUUCCAAGUAGACUUUCUAGAAUCCAGCAGCCAUCUGCCAGCCUGGCUCCAAGCAAGCUCCGCUUUUCCUCUGGUGCUGGACAGCCCCCCUUGACAGUUCGACAGCCAAUGAAAGCAGCUUCUUGUGCCAACUCUCUCCUUGCACCAAGGCAGCCAGUGAGAGCCCCUGGCUAUGCCAGCACUGCUGGCCGAGUCCGGAAGCUCCCAUCUUCAACGCUUGGUCCAGGUUCAACAGGUGGUGGUUCCAUGACCAGAAACAACAGUAUGGCUGGAGGAACAAAAAACUCACUGCCGAAAAGUAGACUAUCAGUUGGGGGACCCUCCUCCCUGAAGAGCAAAUUGACCCAGCCACCCAAGAGAAUUCCAAAGGCCACUGUUGUUUCUGCUGAUGACUCUUGGAAAGAUGGGUGUUACUGAGCCAGUCUGAAGAUGCUGCCGAACAGCAACCUAUUGGUGGAUUGAUAGUUGGACAAGAGCCCAGCUGGCUGGGCAGGAGAUUUCCCAAACCCCAUUCCUGUGUUUUCACCACCACCUGAACAAGUACAAUCGUUUUCUGAACUGGAGGUAUCUCUUGCCGUUGCUUGUCUUGAUGGAUGUUCCUGCUGCUCUUGCCAUGGAGUCCUGGUGACAGUUUUUGUACUUGCCAUUCAGAUGGCUGUCUGCCUGAUGUCCUCACCUGAACACACAUGAUGCCCACAAAAGGAGAAGAGCAUGGGACAGAGAGUUCCUGUGGCACUGAAAAACCUGAGUUGGCUGUUUCAUGUGCAAACCAGUUCAGAGAAGCAGACAAUUAGAAAUGACUUGUCCCAAUGUCACCUGGAACACUUUAGCUUUUCUAGAAAACUCAAGAGGAUUUGUAUUUGUCUUGAAAAGGUGUUGCUUCACUAGAGUGAAAGAGGUUUUAUAAAUUGAGAAUUUUGUUCCAGAAUAUCUUAAGCAGCCGCACCAACCUCUCAAAGAUUCUGGUCUGCAGCGCUGCAGUGAAGUCCUGUUGUACCCAUUUGCUUUGAUCUUCUGGGGGAGGUGGGAGGGAGGGGGAGAAUGAGACACUGUUGGUAUGGGCAGGGAUAUCACUUGCGGAACUGAAUAUACAGUUACAUUGUUUUCUCUUUCCAAACUUCUCCAAUUAAUUGUAGUUGCCUAAAUCUUCCUUUUGGCUUUUGUACCGGUCUUUUCUAUUGUCCUUUUCCAAUGAAGGAACUUCAUUUUUAAACUGAAUCAGCUGAUGCUGGAGCUUGCUAAACACAAGGGCACAGUCAUGCCUAGGAAUACAAACUGGCCUUGCCAGCCCUACUUGCUGUUAACCAAUGUGACUUGAUAUUGUAGUUAAUAAAAGUGAAGGGACUUGUACUACCUUGUCUGUAAUGGGAAAUUAAAGGGGCUGAAUAUAUGGUGGA